AUGAAAUAUCUAUCAUAUUGGAAUAGUUUAACAUUCUAUUCCACUAAAACUACGUCUUAUGGUACAUGGUUAUCAUCAGUAAAUUCUUCAUUAAUUGUUGAAAAUAUUUUAACACUACUAGAAAUUCAAAUUGAUGAAAAAGGUAAUAUUUAUUGGCUUGAACAUUGUUCAUGUGAAAAUGGCCAUUAUGUAAUUCAUUCAGACAAGCAACAAGAUGGUUUAAUAUCAAAAUCAUUUAAUUGUCGUCGUACAUGUGUUCAUGAAUAUGGUAGUGGACCAUAUUAG